AUGGCGACGCGCCACUCUGACUACGAUCGUAGGCGCCAUUCCCCGCGCCGCGACCGCGGAGAUCGGGGAGACCGCUAUGGCGAAGGCCGCUUCAGAGACGACCGUGACCGCCGAGACCGCCGCGAUGACCGUCGAGAGCCUGACCGUCGAGACCGUGACCGCGGCGACACGUACCGUCGUCGUUCGCGCUCCCCGCCUCGCCGCCGCGACCGAUCCCGUGACCGAGGAGACCGUGCCGACCGUGGAGACAGCUACAGGCGCGACCGCGACGGUGAUAGGGACAGGCGUCGCCGCUCUACUUCCCGCCGCCCUGGUUCCCGUUCAUCUGCCACACCUGCACCAGGCUCAGACAGCUGGAGGCGCGAUGACGGCAGACGCGACGACAGCAGGCGCGAUCGGCUAGAUCACUCCUCGCGCGACGACAGGAAGAAAGACCCCGAGACCCAAGCCAAGGACAAGCUUGCAGACCGCGCUGCGAAGCUGGCUGAGUGGAAGAAGCUCAAUGCCGAGCGCCUGCUCAAAGAGAAGACCGACACACCUGGAUCCGGCGCCUCGCCAGCUGCUACUGCACCUGCAACCCCGUCAGUCACUGCGACGCCCCCGCCAGCUCCGGCAUCUGAGGCCAAGCUUGUUGAUACCGCUAAGACCAAAGUCAUUCCACAGAAGAGUGCUACUGAGAAAGUCAAGCAGAAGCAGCCCGAGAAGUCGACCUUCAGACUGGAUGCUUCCGCCGCAGCCCGUCCUCUGGACAUGGCCAAGCCUGCAGGCAAGACUGUCACCAACGCUAGCAACGUUCCCAUUGUUAAGGGCAAUGGUAACAUUGGCUCGUUCGGUCUCAAGACUAAGACUGCUGCUGAGACCGAGGAAGAGAAUUCCAGAAAGGCAUUGCUCGACGAGGAAGGCCCGACCCGCAAGCGCAAGCUACAGGCUCUACCCGAAUUCGACGCCAACGAGGCACCUCUGCUCGAAGCCGACGGCGACAACGCGGACUCUCCAAUGAGUGACAUCGGCAGUGAUGACGAGAACAACGCGGAGCUUCAGGCUCGCCUUGAGAAGCGUCGCGCUGAGAUCGCCAACGAGAACCAAGAGGACACUGCCAUGGAAGAGGCAACUGCUGUCGAAGCCCCUGCCGACGACAAGAUGGAAGUUGACGAAAAUGCAGGCGCCGAAGAAGAUGACGUCGAUCCUCUCGAUGCCUUCAUGGCCGAUCUCACUGAGCCACAACCAAGCCGCGGGGCUCCUUCGGGUCAGACUAUGUUUGCUGACGAGCUUGAGACUGUCGAGACUUCCGUCGAACAUGAGGACCUUAACGAACUUCGCGCUGCCAAGAAAAAGAAGAAGAAGGAGGUGCCUACCGUCAACCACGAUAAAGUUGAGUACGAACCGUUUAGGAAAGACUUCUACACUGAGCCCUCCGAAGUUGCACAGAUGACACCUGAGGAGGUCGCAGAUCUUCGCCACGAGCUCGACGGCAUCAAAGUCAAGCCUGAUGACGUUCCCCGUCCUGUCACCAAGUGGGCGCAGAUGGGUCUGCUGCAAGCUACCAUGGACGUCUUCACCAAGAUCGGCUACGAGAGGCCUACAGGUAUCCAGUCUCAAGGUGUACCCGCAAUUCUCUCUGGCCGAGAUCUCAUCGGAGUCGCCAAGACCGGUUCUGGGAAGACACUUGCAUUCGGUAUCCCCAUGAUUCGUCAUGUCCUUGAUCAACGCCCACUGAAACCAACUGACGGGCCUAUCGGACUGAUUCUCGCCCCAACCCGAGAGCUAGCACUGCAGAUUGUCAACGAGCUCAAGCCAUUCCUUGCAGCAUCGGGUGUUACCAUCAAGUGUGCCUAUGGUGGUCAGCCCAUCUCUGAACAAAUUGCUAUGAUCAAGCGUGGUGGCAUCCACAUCCUAUGUGCAACUCCUGGCAGAAUGAUUGAUCUGACCAACGUCAACCAAGGACGAGUGCUUUCUUUCCGCCGCAUCACUUACGUUGUCCUUGAUGAAGCUGAUCGCAUGUUCGAUAUGGGCUUCGAGCCUCAAGUCAUGAAGAUUCUUGCGAAUGUACGUCCUGAUCGCCAAACUGUCCUCUUCUCAGCAACUAUGCCCAAGAACAUGCAAUCUUUGGCUCGCAAAGCACUGCACAACCCAGCCGAGAUUACCAUCGGUGGUAAGAGCAAGGUAGCUCCCGAGAUCACUCAGAUCAUCUCUGUUGUACCGAACAGUUAUGAGAAGAAGAUCAACAAGACUCUACUGUAUCUUGGUCAGUUGUUCUCUGAAGACGAGAAUGCCCAGGUAUUGAUCUUCACUGAGCGGCAAGAGACAGCCGAAGAUCUCCUGUCCAAGCUUUACAAGUCUAAGUAUUUCUCCGUCAACACGAUUCACGGAGCUAAAGAUCAGACUGAUCGUAACGAAGCGAUCAACGACUUCAAGCAAGGUGUUCUUUCGAUUCUCAUUGCCACAUCUGUAGCCGCCCGUGGACUUGAUGUCCCCGGACUGGCUAUGGUCUUGAACUUUGAUUCACCAACCCAUUUAGAAGAUUACGUGCACCGCUGCGGACGUACCGGCCGUGCUGGCAACAAAGGUACCGCUGUUACGCUUAUCGAGAACCCCGGUCAAGAGCGCUUCGCUCUUCACAUCGUCAAGGCACUCAAGGAGAGCGGUACAGAAGUGCCUCCAGAGCUCCAGGAGAUGGCUAACACAUUCCAUGAGAAGGCCAAGGCAGGUACCGAGAAGUACUAUGGCGGUUUCGGCGGCAAGGGCCUCGAUAAGCUGGAUGCAGCACGCGCACUCGAGAAGAAGCGCGAGAAGCGUCAACUCAAGCUGGAAGGCGUUGACGAGAGUGAAGACGAGGAAGAGAUUGCACCACUCAUCAAGAAGCCCGAGGUCGCUGGCCCCGCUGGUGUUGUUAACGCUUCUGGUCCUGCUGCAGCUGCCGAAGAAGAUCAACCACACUGGAUGAAGCUGCUGAACAGCAAGAUUGUGGUCAGCAAGACUGAGCGCCCCGACGCAGCCGCUUCUGGCAAGCCGAUGACCGCGCGCGAGCGAGCCAUGGCCGCUGCUUCCAAGGUCGACGGCAGGCUGAGCAAGAAGGGUAUGAUCCACGCGGGUCAGCCCAUCGAUAACAAGGGCCCCGAUGCUGGUCUCUACCACUCAACCAUCGAGAUCAACGACUUUCCUCAGAAGGCUCGAUGGGCCGUCACCAACCGCACCAACGUCGCCAAGAUUCUGGAGCAGACUGGUGUUUCCAUCACGACCAAGGGCAACUACUACCCCUCUCCCAAGCAGCCUGGUGAGAAUGAUCUACCCAAGUUGUACAUUCUCGUCGAGGGUGACACCGAGAACAUUGUCACUCAGGCUAUGAUGGAGCUUACUCGUCUUCUGCGCGAGGGAACCAUUGCGGCUGAAGAUGCCUCCGCGACUCGUGGUCCUACCGGCCGUUACAGUGUGGUUUGA